AUGAAAGAUCGGGUUUCGGCUUUCGCAUAUUACGUAGAUUUCUUGAUUGAGAAAUUGAUCGUGCCCCAAGAGAAUGGCAAGACAGAAGUCGACGCGGAUCCAACCCCGGGUGGAUUCGAUGUUCGCACGUGUGAGUAUGGCCUUGCCCGGUGGGCCCCGUGGGAAUUUUCGUUAGCUGAAACUCUGCAAUUCUUUAACGAUGAGCUCCGAGACUUUGUGAGCAACAUCACGGAUGGAAUAUUCCAGGAUCGCAAUCAGUUUUAUGCCUGGGUACUCUCCCUCCAUACCGAGCAUGGAGUCACCGCCGAUCAGCUUGAUGGUAUGAGAGACAAGGCUACUCAAUAUGGAGCCGGCGUGUAUGACGCUACCGAGCAUAGGGCGAGCGCGAGGUAG